AGCGCCAUAUUGAAGUCAUACCGGAAAUAGAUAUGCCCGCCCAUUCUGCCGCUGCCAUUUUUACCAUGGAGACUCGCGAGGACGAAAUCGAUUACAAGCGUUCUCAUGGUAACCAGAAUUUGCCGGAGUCGCUCCUUUUGUUUGAUCACAAGAGCGCCAAGGACGUGCUCAGCGUACAGAAGUGGAAACAGAACGCGAUGAACCCGUGUAUGAAUUCUACCUACAGAUUCGUAGAGAAUGUGAUAGACGCAAUGAUAGCUCUGCACAAGGACAUCCAACCACUGAGUAAGUUCCACAUGGGUGGAGACGAGGUUGCCAAGGGGGUCUGGAACGGAUCGCAAGAAUGUCAAAAUAACCCCGACAUACCGAACACCAUCCUGAACAAUACCGAGCAGCUUCAGCGCGUGUUCAUGCGGAGAGCUUCGGACAUCGUCGCCCAAAAGAAUCUCGAUCUGGCCGUCUGGGAGGACGGCGUGUAUGCAGACGAAAAACCGAACCCGAUUACGGACUACAAAUCCAAAAAUGUGUUCGUCUAUCCGUGCAAUAACAGAUGGGAUACCACGUUCGCUAGGCGACCGGCUGAAUUCGCAGAUGCUGGUUAUAAGGUUAUCUUACCCCUGGCCACGCACCUGUACUUCGAUCAGCCGCAGGAGCCAGAUCCGGAAUCCCGGGGGCUCUACUGGGCCACGCGCUUCACAGACACACGGAAGGUGUUCGGUCUAAUGCCGGACGACAUCUUCGCGAACCUGGGACCUGGACGGAUGGGGAACCCCGUGACCGAGGAGAGUAUAUGUGGUUCAAACACGUGCCCGAAACCAAAAAAGACAGAGAAUAUCAUUGGUUUGCAGGCGUGCAUGUGGGCGGAGGUGAUGCGCACGGAAGGUCAGUUUCACGAGAUGGCGUUCCCGCGUGUGCUCGCCCUGGCGGAACGCGCCUGGCACCGGGCCGACUGGGAGACUAUGACGUCACCGUCACGUGAAACGGCGCGCGACAAGGAGUGGGAGGUUUUUGCGGACGUUCUCGGUUACGCGGAGCUGCCCAGGCUGGAGCGGAAGGGCAUAAUGUACAUUGUCGAACCGCCAGGAGCGAAGGUCGAGAGUGACGGCACGCUGAAGGCGAACGCGCGCUACCCGGGUCACGUGAUCGAAAUAAUGGACGACAAGAGUCAGAAGUGGAAGAAGUUUAAAGAGCGGAAGCUGGCCAACGGUCAACAUACCUUUAACUUCCGGGUCAGGACCCCGGUCGACGGACGCGUUUCUCGAACAGUGGAGCUGAAAGCGAAUGUGUCAACGAAGGUCAAUUCGUAUGCGUAGCACAGCUUAUAAAGAAUAGAUACAACGAGUGCAACAUGAUAUAAUCGAAUCCGCAU